AGGGACCUGGGCAAGGCCAUCCUGGAGAUGCUGCACAUCAACAAGCUGUCGGCGCCCCACCGGACCAAGCCGCACCCCUACAUGAAGCAGGUGUACCUGUUCCUGGACUCGCAGGAGGCGCGGGACCUGGCCGGCUCUGAUGGGACGCUGGUGCAGAGCUUCAGGAGCAUCCAGGGCUGGAAGUAUGGAACGCCGGGAUGGAUCUGGUUCAACGUGUCACUGCUGAAGCCCUCCAUGGCCAUCGCUGAGCUGGUGCUCCUGCGUAAGACCCUGCACCCGGAGCCGCUGAGCGUGAGCGUGGCCGUGCACAGCAUCUUCCCCCAGGCCGGGAACCUGACCGUCAGCGAGCCCCUGGAGGAGAAGCUGCUGACCCUGGACAAGCUGCCGCCGUCCGGCUACGACGUCUUCAACGUGUCGUCGGUGCUGACGCGGCGGGCCGACGGCGGGGCGGUGGGGUUCCAGCUGCGCUACACGGACGAGAGCGGGAGCCUGGUGCUGCACGAGGCCCUGACACAGAGCCUGUACUGCCUCAACUCCAGCUCCCCGAGCGAGCCGCUGCUGGUGGUGUACCAGGUGGAGCUGAGCCGCCUCCACACCGCGCCCCGCGGCCCAGAGCGCAGGCAGCGGCAGCACUGCAGCACCGGCCGCAAGAGGCACCUGCCCCCGGCGCCUCCGGCCCCCCGAGAGUCUCAGUGCAGGCUCCACCAGCGCUACAUCAACUUCCACACGGGAUACCUGGCCGACUGGAUACUGGAGCCGGCGGGGUUCAAUUCCAGCUUCUGCAGGACUGACUGUUUCCCGCAAGAAAGAUCCUCGCUGACAGUUAUGUACAGGAGUGACACAGAUGACAUCAUCAUCGAGAAGCUCAAAAACAUGAGGGUGGAGAGCUGUUUGUGCCGACAAAAUGAUCCACAGUGA